UGGCCUUCCCUGGUUUUGCUGGAGGAAUUAGAGGUCUGAAAACAUGUAUUGUGUGCUCUCACAGCUGAACUGAAAGAAUGAGUUGGUGAAACUUCAAAAUGUUGUUCAUUGGCCAGGAGUCAGAGUUUCAAACACGCUGACUGGAAAUGGCCUUUCCCUCUCAAUACUUGUGAUGUCCUGUCAUCAGAAGGUAUGUCUGCACCGCAGUGUGUAGACAUACCCAAAAUAGCUUUAAUCUUGGGCACCAACAACAAUGAAGCUGCCCUAGUACAAGCCUGCCAGGGAACCUGGGCACAUGCUCAGGUGGCUAGCCCAUGCUGCUGUGGCUUCAUGGUAUUGGUACCUGAGCUAGGUAAAGCUUGCUUGGGUGUGUCUACAUGUGCUGCAAUCACACUGCUAAUUGCAGUGUAAAUAUACCCAGAGUUUUCCAGGGCAGACAAGACUUUAAUUUCUUACGUAAAAGAAAACAGAAAAAGUUAAAACAAAAAAAACCAUAAAACAAAAAACCUUUUAAGCAAAUCAGGCAUAAAUCCAACUCCUUUCUUUGCUGGUCACCUUUAAACUAAUAAAAAUCAAGAAACAGAGAAUUAAGAAAUAUCAAUUUAAAUCUGACUUCUGAAUUUUGUUGCAAGUAACACCUGCGAUGACUAUAACAGAGCGACUAGAGGAAACAAAUGUUUUUUCCGUUGGUUUACUUUGUGCAUUUGUCUAAGGCCCCCUUUCCUGUAGUAUCUGAACAAUCACAAUCAUUAAUGUACUUAUCCUCACAACACACCCAUGAGGUAGGGAAAAUACUGCUUAUUCCCAUUUUACAGAUGGGGAAACUGAGCCAUGCCUGGUCUGUGGCAGAGCAGGGAAUCAAACACACAUCUUCCCCUAAGUCCAAGCCUAGCAUCCUAGCCACUAAUAUAACUUAAGUUUUCUGUUUUGUGUGCGUCCCUCUGUACACCUAUAGGGAGUAACAUUUUUUUAAAAGUAAUUGUAAAACAACAACAAAUUGGCUGCAGGCCUAAAGGUAGGUGUAGCACCCAGAACCAUUUUUAAUCUAUUUUUUGAAACUGAGUAGACUUCAAGCUGGAGACUUCACUUCAAGGCUAGAAUGUCCGCCUUAUAAGUGUGCGGGGAGUGUGGAGAAAAGGGGUCAUUUGGAGCCAAUGGUAUGUCAGCCUGAGCUCUAAUUUGCCUGCUUUAUGUUGGUUUGAUCAACUGUUUAUCAAUGGUAUUUUGUGAAUUAGGCACUAUAUCAGUGCCUCAAGACAGGAAUAGGUUUGUAUUGAUACAGUGUUAGCUUGUUUUCACGCAGCUAGAAGUCUUCCAGAGUAUACUGGUCGUUUACUAGUCUGAGUGAAGGUAACUGCAGCUGUAAAUUGGUUCUGACUAAUAGUUAUUUAUAAAAUCCUAAUGAUCUCUUUGGCUGUCUUCUUUUGAAGACCAGAACAGCAACAAAUGUGUUCCUCCAGCUUCAGAGUUCAUGAGCCAAAUACUCUGACAGAUACUGUAUGGAAUUUAACCUUUUAUUUUUUGCUCUUCAGUACAAUGUAGGUGUUUAAAAGUACAGGGCAGAAGGAAAGCCUGCGUGUCUAUAAAAAUAAUCCAUGCAUAAAAUUUAAUUAUGAUAACAUGGUAUACCAGACAUACAAUUUAGCAUCUUCUAUUAGAACACACCACCAUUACUUGAACUUGGUAGGAAGGAAAAGCUGCCAUUGCUUAUGGGAUCGAAGGAGUUGGCAUGAGUGUUUCCGUUCAUAAACGGAGAUAUUAGCGACAAUAAUAUUCUUCACAACUUUAGCAGUUGAUGUAAUUCCGAUCCUUACGUAAAACUGACUCUGUACUGUCAGCCAAAUUCCAAUUAGUUGGUACAGACCUGUAGUGAAGCGACUGAUUCCAAUUUGUCCUUUUAAAAAACCGUAGCUGUUGAAUCUUCAUGUAGAAGACAGAAACAUGAAUGUAAUCCUUUCGGUAAGUCUUACCAACCGCCACUUCCAGUACUGCCGGGCUGCACUUUUCCAAAGGUGUUAUCUCACUAUUACCUGCAAAGAAACUGAUAGUAACCUAAGCAUAGUUUUUUUGUUUUGUUUUUGUUCUUUGGAAACUUGUUUCUGUUCUCAAACUCUGGCUUCAAAUUUAGCAACGUAAUAAGCUGACUUAUUGGUAACAUCUCUUCGGGAAACAGUGGGAGGGAUACAUUCAGAUUUGCUCAGCCAUUUCCUAUCGUAGUAGUACUGGUCAGCUGAUGGUGCUGUGGCUUCUACUGACGAGUAGUGCUAAAAGAUGAAUUCUAAUGACUCUUUGUGAAGGCUUAAAACUGAGCCCGGUUCAGAGUCUAAGUUUCAGUUGACUUUGAACUGUGGCCACUUGGCUAGGAUGCAUCUUGCUACAUGGCGCACCAUGGGGAGCAGACAGUUUAGUUUUUCUAAUUCUUAGCAGCCAGGGGAUACAUAAGAGCGAUUGAGCAGAGUACUGAUUGUACUUCUGAUCUGCACUUUUUUUUGCAUUUGCUAUAUAUUGUACCUUUCACUCGUGGUUCUCAUAGGACUGUGAAAUAGGUUAGCAGAGGCAUAUAAGUGGCAGUCAGAGCUCAACUCUUCUGACUCCCAAUUCCUUGCUUCAGCCAUUAAAUCAUGCUGCCUCCCUAUAUUAAUAUGGAGUUUAAUUUAGGAUCUUUCCCAGCCUGUUGCAGUAAACUCUAAUUGACCUGAAAUGUGAUCAAAGCACAACAGCUAAGGGGAAAUGUUAAAGAGCUGUGGAGUCUGACCCUGUAACUGUCAAUCUGCAUUGUCCUCUUGUCAUUAAAGAAUUAUCCGUUGAAAUUGGUGGAACACAAUGGGAUGUUAAUGUGGGAACAAAGAAUCAUACAAAUAUGGCUUCAGUGUAAGGUUUACAUCUGAGGCUGUUGAUGAGGUUUAAAAUGUAUGAGGUACACGGAUGAGUUUUGAUUUCAAGGAUUACAAAGGAAUUUGUGAAAUACCAUGUAAAGGCUUUUAUAUCCCGUCAAAAUUCUUAGCUGUUCUGAAGCCACAGAACACACGUUUCUAAGUCACUGCUUAGGAUUUAACGUAGUCUUGCAGAACAACUGUGGCACUUCCUGUUUCCCAGUUGUCUAACUGCACAGGCUGCUGCUAAGAAUUGGCUACCUUCAGAAAACCUAAGCCCCAGUGAAGCUGAAAGUGGUCUUGACUGUGAACCUUGCACUGACUACAAAAUACAGCCAAGAUUUAAUGGGAGUAACCUAGAGAAUUAAUUAAUGGAACUGUCUAAUUCCCAACAGCCUUAGGAAUCAGUGUUCUCAGAAAUGUUUGUUUAAUUCAGAAAUUAAUGGGGAAACAAACUAGACGUCUCUUAGAAUUAAUCAUAUGUAAUGCCAUUCAUACUCCAGGAUAUCCCAAAGCACCUUAUGAAGCAAUGCGUUGGAUAUUGGUGCUUGAAUGGCUGCAUUAUGCACUCAGUAAUGGCUCAUGCAACCUUGAACAUUUUAAAACCUGUUCUCCCUAAAUAAGGGAAUACUAGCCAGAUCCUCCGAGUUAUCCCCCUACUCUUCAUAAAAUGCCAUAGGAGCUUUAACUGCAUCCUUAAAAAUAAGUAGAAAGGACCCUGUUUAACAUCACUGCUGAAGGAGUCAACGCCUAAAGCCCAAUCCCACUCAGUUUAUUCACGCUCAAAUGGGAUUACUCAAGUGAGUAAAGUGAGCAGGAUUUGGGGAGUUUUUUGUGUUCAGCAGUAAUUUGUACAAAGCGCAGAAAGGGGCAUGGCUACUGUUCAGAAUCAUAACUUCAAAAUGUUCCAGUGUUUUAAGGUGAUAUAAUACUUCUCUCCUUGGUGACCAUUACAGCCUGCUCCACCAAUAUGGAAGUUUGGCAUUUUAUCUUGAUUUUUCCACAAAAUAACUCCAAUCUUGUGUUUUCAGUUCACUAGACUUCUUCCCUUACUGUUCCUUAAAGUGACGAAAAAUGCUGUCCAAGCUCAUUCUUAAAGAGCAACUUAAAAAAAAAUUUCUUUUUCAGAAAGUUAAUAGUUUUAGGAGAAUAUUGCCUGGAUUUUUCUGGUCCCUUGCUCAUUCUCAGCAAGGGAGACGUUAACUAUGCAGGAGAAAUAGUACAACAGUAAUACGCAAUUCACAAAGUAAACUAACUGGAAAAAAUAGAUAAUUGUUUGCUAACUUUCAGUUCCAGUAACCUUGGGUAUGAACUUUCUGUUUUAUUUCAGACAUAAAUGAGACUCCUCUAUUUGAUGAAGCACUAAGUUUAACAUUAAAAACCAUAUACCCUAUGCAGGAGACAUAGGAGAAAUAACAGUACAUCUGAAGUGUACAUGUGUAGAAAAAUCUUCAGAAAUAAGGCAAAUUACCACUAUUUGAACAUUUCCAGAAAUUCUGCCACUGGGGAACUUCAGGAAAUUUCCUUCACUCACUAUUUUAGUCUCUUGGGAACAGGAGAACUAGGUGGGGAUUCAACCUCAAAUUAAGCUAUUCUGGAUAUAUUAAUUCUUGCUCUUCUCCCUUUCCACCACUUCACCACAAAUUGGAGAACUGUGCUUACCCGGUGUGGCGUCUAGCUCUGUACUGAACUGUGGAUGCAGACUCCAACCAAAAGAUGCCUGGAAUGUGCAUCUCUGGGUUGCCUUGGAGAUGGACGCCGUUCAUCUACAUGUUCUAAUGCAUGCUGCAGAACACUAGUCCUCUAUUAGUGGAAUUCUCAACCAAGGAAAUAGAUAGACGGUUGGAAAAGAAACUGAAGAUUACACAAAAGGAAAGCAGAAAAUCAAAAUCUCCUCCCAAAGUGCCGAUUGUCAUUCAGGAUGACAGCCUUCCCUCAGGUCCUCCUCCACAGAUCAGGAUCUUAAAGAGGCCCACAACUAACGGUGUGCUUAGUAACCCCAACUCUGCGAGCAGACCAGCUUUUCCGGUAAAGUCUCUGGCACAGAGAGAGGCAGAAUACGCAGAAGCCAGAAAACGAAUUCUGGGCAGCGCAAGCCCAGAAGAGGAACAGGAGAAACCCAUUCUAGACAGGCCAACAAGGAUCUCCCAGCCAGAAGAUUCCAGGCCAUCCAAUAAUGUGAUACGGCAGCCACUGGGUCCUGAUGGUUCACAAGGCUUCAAACAACGCAGAUAGAUGUGGGCAAGCGAUCAUGCUGUCGAAAGCAGGGUCCGCUGCCACGGGUUGCACUGCCGUGGUGGACAAAUGGACUUGAGCAGAGGGAACUACCUGGUUUACUUGCACUGUGAUCCCUUUGCUCUGCCCACUGUGACCUUGAACCCCAUGCACUGUGACCCCCUGCUCCACCCACUGUGAUUGGCACACCGACGAGGGCUGUCCCAAGUCACUGUAAAAGGAAGGGGGGGGUACGUUAAGGACUCUGAACAGGUGCAGAGAGUCGUGUGUGCCACUUCAGUUGAAGCUAGCGCCAGCAAUAAUGUUUAUCAUACUCAUUAACCUGGGAUUGAAAAGAAGAAUGGGAAGCCUCCCCAAAUGUGCAUGUUGUCUCUCUCUCACUUCUGAGCGAGUUCUGUUUCAAAGGAUCUUUGUUUUUUGUUUGUAAAUCAGAUCAACUUUAAACCAAGUGCAUGGGAAGGGUUUUAACUGUUUAGUUUGUUUUAAUUGAGAGAGGUAGUUGGUAGUGUUCUAAAAAAGGAGUUUCUAGGAAUUUCCACAACAUAAUGGCUAGGAUUUGGCAAGCUUAGCUUCUCGUUCUGUAUUUCCACUGCUGCCAAGCAAAUGGAAGGGGACUUCCAGGUACCUGGGCUUUCUAAUUGCCUUGGGCCCAGAAACCAGUGGAGUCCAGUGGCCCAGUUCACUUACUGCACCUGUCGUAAGCUUGGUUAGUUUUCUGCUGGCUUGAGGAAAAACUUAGUAAUACAUUUCUUGUAUUUGGGGAGAAGGGAAUGUAGACAGAUCCCAUGGAGACACCUACUGCCUGCCUGCUGCUUCCAGCAGAGAAAGCAGGGUGAAGGAACGGGGCUCUGUUGCAUCUAGGUUUACAAGCUAGGAAUAGACUAGUUCAAUACUGUACUGGUCCACUCCGGUUAGUGCAUGGAAAACAUGGGAAUGAGCCUGGCUCUGUGCAGCAUGUGCUUGUCGGAAAGCUGUGUGGCAGGAGGCUGAGCAACCACUGCUCCAAAGGUUUGAACCCUAAGUGGCUUGUGAUGGACCGAUGGCUUAUGGUACAAUUCCAGUGCUGUACUUGAUGCAUUUACUUCUAGAAAUCAGAGACAUCGGGAACAAACCAUGUUCAAUAAAGCUUGGAAAAAAAAUCCCUGUUUUCAUGCAUUGGUGGUAACAGAUGGCUUUCCGCUAAGCUCUGUCCUCCAGCCCCAGAAAAAGAAAGGGGUCUGAGGAAGGGUUCCUGGCCAUGGAAGAGAAGUUUAAGGUACCACCAAGUCAGCUGUUGCAAGCUGUCAAAUAUAGCUACUCCAUUGCUUCUCCUGUGCCCUAUACUGUCUUGUUGCAUUGUCUAACUGUAUAUUAGACGACAAGGAAGCUGAUCAACUCUUAAUAUUAACUGUCUCAAGGGAUUAGAUGAACACUAAAGCUUCCUUCUGCUGGGGCAACAAGAAUGUAUCUUGUAUGCUGGAAAGGCUCCAGUAGUAGAGAUGUCUCAGCAUGUCGAUAGGACCUGGUACUGUAGACAAGCCUGUGUGGCAUAGAAACAGACUAUAUCUUUCUGUGACAGCAGCCAGAGGCCAAGAAGGAUUUAGAUCGUCCCUUCACCUAACAGGACUGUGGGCUAGUCUGCGUCACUGUGUUUCCAGAAGCUGCCUUUCCACACAGUUGGUGUUUUGGAGGAUGUAUUCUGUACAGGUGCAAUUUGACACGGGCCACUGUUUGUGCUUAAUAGGUUGAAUAGUGGGCACCUGAACCCAUCCUCUUUUGCCUGAAAGGAAGCAGCUGACCAGAACCUCUGCCUACAGUGAGUUGUAUGGGAGAUUCCCAUACAGUAAACCAAGACAUGUACAGAAAUACAGCAAACAACUGGUUAAAAUAAACUACCUGUGUACAAAAGAUGAAAUCUACUAGAACAUUGAUCUUUUAACUGAAUUUCUUUUCUGUCCUGCCCUCCUGCGAUUCCCUAAAUCAAGUGAGCCCAUGGAAUGCUUGUUAAAGGAUUACUUUUUUUUUUUUACUUCUGCUGUAAUCAGAGAGGUGGGCACAGGUGUACAGAUGUUCCAUAGGCCUGCAGUUGGGCUCAAGUCCUUGUGGUUUUAUAAGACUGUAAUCUGAUGUUUACCUAACUUCCUCUCAGGUAGGGCUUGGAAUGUGCUGCAGGAGCACCUGUACAAGCCACGAGCAGCUGCUUCACAGGGAACAUCUUUCCCUCAUGGCAGCAAGGAGAAACUGAUGGGAAGAGUAGCUGGAUGGGGGAGGGCAGAAGAGAAGAGGAUGGGAGAAGACAUUAGCAAUAACUGUGUAGUCACCACGCCUUUCCUUAAUCGAUAAUUAAAAUAGCUAUUACUUUGGAUGGCCAGCUGCUGGCAAAAGCCUCCUGAUGUAGCUUCUGGUAUCUUGCCAAUGUUAGGACAACAGUAUCCUUUUUCUGCCACCUGGUAUCCUGUAUGUCAGGGGUUUAACGUCCUUGCUAGCUGCUCAUAGGACAAAAUCCGGUCCUCCAGCAUCACCCUCACAUAACUAAUAUAAGAUUAUGUGGGGGGGAGCUAACCAGAGCACCCCCCUCCAGCUUAUUCAUCCUUAAAGCAUGGUCAGUCAGGAUGCUUCCAACCUGCGGGCGGGGGGGGGCAAUGUUCCUGGAGAAACCUACCACUAGGCCCCCUCUUCCAGGUGGACAGUAGGUCAGUGAUCCUGUCCCGAAAUCAGUGUUGGGAUAAGUCAAAGGCCCUGUUUGCAGAGGGGCUAGAGCUCUUGUUCUAAUACAUGUUUAUAGGGUUUUUUGUGUGUGUUCUUAGGGGCACUUUAUGGUUCUGUGUGUGUGUAUGCGUGUGCGUGUGUGUAUUCGGGUGGUAAGAAGUGCAAAGCUGUGUGCGUCUGCCACAGGACACACAGCUGCCUGUCUCCCCAUGGAAGUGCUCCUAAGUAUGCAGAAAAACAUUUUAUAAAUUGUAUUUUAAAUAAAUGUGUUAAACUUUUUAAAA